CUGGAGUAUCACAAAAAGAUAGUACAUUUUUCUCCUUUAGAGCUUUUGUUUCGUUUUCUAUUUUCGAGCCGCCGCCCUGAAACUCAAUUGCAAACCCUAUCCUUCGUUUCCUUAAGAACACAAUUUUCACCGUUGAUGAACACGCCCAGAAAAAAUAUCCCUUUUAAUCAUACUUUGAAGAGUUUAAAGGCCGGAUCAGCAAAAUGGCCCUCGAAUAUCAAAACCCUCUGGUCAUAUGGACUGAGAUCGAGCAUGAAGAAACCGGAACCGCCACCACGGACGCCGACGGCGCAGCCCGUCGAGCUUCCAUUCGACGUAAUCUCCCAAGUGUUGGCAAGGCUUCCGGCCAAAUCUCUGUGUCGAUUCAAAUGCGUUUGCAAACUAUGGAAAUCCACCAUUUCCGAUCCUCGAUUCAUCGAAAGCUGCAGAAUGGGCUCCCAAUUCUGGCUCGGAGAGAUGAGAUUGUUAUAAAUUUCGAGCAUCACGAUGACGGAAUCCGGCGCCAUAAGGUUCCGCCUCCGUUAAAAUUCAAACUGAAUCGAUCCGUAGAUGGCAGGGGACUUGAAAUUUCCCCACCCCUGAACGGUUUAGUAUGUGUAUAUUCUCGCAAAGUUCGUCAUGCAUUUAUUUUAAACAUUAAAACCCGACAGAUUAUAAACCUCCCUGAGAUUUCAGAAGACUGUGGUACUGUAACUUUAUGUUGUGAUAAAUUAACAGGGGAAUACAAAGUGCUACAAUUCUAUAGGACAUUUGAUCCAGCUCCUAGAUUAGAAUCUGCAAUUUAUACGCUUAAUGGGUUGGAUUCAGAUUCAUCAUGGAGAAAAACAGGUGAUCCACCACAACUGAAUAACUUAGAUUCCUCUGCUUCUCGCCCUUGUGUCAAUGGAACAGUGUAUUGGCUCAUUGUUGGUAUAAACACUACUUAUCUCAUCUGCUUUGAUGUUUGUGCUGAAGUUUUUCGGACACUAAGGUUCACUGAAACUCCGACUUAUAACGCCAAUGUGCUUGUUGUGGGAUCAGAGUGGUCAGCUUGUUUUCCAAUCAUAUGUCCACAUUUUGUUGCCAAUGGAUUCGUCCCGACGGAAAUUUGGGUGCUGGAGGAAUGUUGGGGAUUCAACGAAGUCUCGAUCAAGGAGAAGAUUCCGCUCCCGCGGGAUUUCACUUUGGAGUCUCCCUGGCGUCAUGUCUACUCCGGCGAGCUCCCAACUGGAGAGUUGUUCAUAGUUGAUUCUCGGACGACGAGAAAGUUUUAUGUUGAUUUGAAGAAAAAGAGGUACGAGAUAAAGUGGUCGUAUCCAAGACAAGGCAAGUAUUUGAGUCCUUAUUCCCAUAAAGUUCUUAUAGGCUAUGUUGAAAACAUGUAUAGAUUCGAGGAUCAUGACAAUGGUAGACACAGAGUUAACAGCUUCCUUCGUGAGGAUUAAUUGAUCCGGU